CAUAUGAGAACCAGUUUACAAACCACAUUGAAAAACAUCGACAUGAAUGUCAAUUUAUGGAGAAGAUGCGAGACUUUAUUUAAACAUGUUGCCCAUUGUUGUUCAUCUAUAAGCAAAUCGCCAGAUAGCAUUAGAUCCGUAGGUUGUGGGAGAUAUGCAUUUUCCAGACCCCCAGUGUCGUACAGCAUACAGAGAUACUUCCAUCUACAGUCUGUCUGUCAGGCCAACAAAUCGCAGAGUGUGACCGAUGUCUCUGUGUCCCAAUCAACAGAUGUCAGCAAGUCAAGGGACAUAGUGGAGGCGGUGAACGCCCAGAUAAACUCGGAGGACCUGGGCAGGCUGUUUGCUGUGGUUCACGUGGCCGGAUUUCAGCGCAAGGUCACGGUCAAUGACAUCAUCGUUGUGGAAACAUCCUCUUACCCCUCAGUGGGCACCAGGAUCAGGCUGGAGAAGGUGCUCCUUGUGGGCAGCAAAGAUUUUACCCUGGUAGGGAGACCAUUGCUAAGUCGCUCAGUGGUGAACAUUGAGGCCACAGUGAUAGAGAAGACCCUGUCCCCCAUGGUGCUGUCUUUCCUGAUGGUGCGGAGAAGGCGUGUCAGAAAGCUUAGAAUGCAAAAAACCCAGCAGGUGGUGUUGCUGAUUAACUCUAUAGAAGUGAACUCGCUGGAGGACUAACCCUGUGUUCUGUGGCCAUCCGACGACAAGAUGGGGUACUUGUACACAAAACACUGGAUUACAAAGCUCUCCAUCAACAUCAGGACUCUGUUUAACAAAAGUGUAAAAUUUUACCAAUUUGUCGGAUAAUCGUCAGACAAUAGUCGUUGAAUUGCCAAGCUAUCACUGACCAAGACUCUGUGCUGAGGACUAGUACUAAGUGAAUAAGUGUGUACUCAUUGCAAUUGAAGAAAGGUUGUGUUCACUCACUGCCAAGGACAUGAUUUGUUGACAUGAAGACUUUAAAAACAUGUACCCAAGUUUGAAUAGUUGAAAUUCAUUAAAAUUUUCACCCUUAAAA